GGAUUUAGGUUAAGUUGUUCUUAAAUCCUGCUCAAAGCCUACUACGAACCAGUAGUUUGCCUUAUCCCACAAAUCUCCGGUCCGCCUCCCGACAAGAAGCUAGGAAGUCGUAAUGGGAGUUUGCUGGAGAAGGUGCAACGGGCUCCUGCCGGAGAGGACGUCAACAGCAGUAACGACGUGCGAAAGAACCUGAUAUUGUUUGAAACGAACCCCUUCAAGCUUCUCAAGGGGGUGUUUGGUUAGAUUUCACAGGUAGAAACACGAUUAAUUUUGAUAGAUUAGUCACAUAUCUGAGAUGACAAGUAAAACAGAUGGACCUCAGGCAGAUGGGGAAAGUUCUUAUAACAAUAGUUUCGGCCGAACAUUCAAAUACCUCAUGGCAACUCAGUUUUUGUCAAGAUUAAUUCCAUUUGUUUUCAAUACGUGGAUUGUGAGACACCUAACUGAAUCUGACUAUGCGCUUUAUGCAGUAAAGUUUCAUCUUUUAACUACAUGUAUCCUGUUUCUAAGUCGGGAGGGCUUUCGCCGUGCUUGCAUGCGAAUAGAUAUAAAAUGUGUUGGAAGAAUGGAUGAAAAUGUAACAAGGUUGCUGAAAGUGGCCUGGCUGACUAUUCCUUUUGGCUUCCUUUUUGCUUCUGCUCUAUGCAGCCUUUUCUUCUGGAUUGAGAAGCUUUCUUUUCAGGAUGCUAUUUCCGAUCCAAUUGCAUUGGCCAUACUGAUAAAUGGAAUUGCUUGUAUAUUGGAGCUAUUGGGAGAGCCAUUGUAUAUACUUUCACAGAAUCUACUACUUCUAAGAUUAAGGUUGAUGAUUGAAACUGUUGCAACUAUUGUUCGAUGUGUGACGACUUGCACUCUAAUGUUCCGAAGCACAUUCACGGAAAUGGCAAUCAUUUUUGCUGUCUCCCAGGCUUCAUAUGGUGCUUGCGUAGCUUUGGGAUAUUGGAUUUAUUUCCUUUCAUUUCGGAUUGUAAGAAGCAGUUAUCUAUUCCCUUUUAGGUUAUGCAACAAUCUUGAAUAUGAUAAACAGUUGCGUUACAUGUGCCUUUUACUUACUGGUCAAGCUUCAUGGAAAUUGUUACUUCAGGAAGGAGAAAAGAUGGUACUUAUGUGGUUUGAUUCAUCUUACAAUCAAGCUAUCUAUGGCCUAGUGGACAAAUUAGGAGGCUUAGUUGCUAGAUUGGUUUUUAAUCCUUUCGAGGAAAGCUCAUAUGCCACGUUUGCAAAGGUGGCAUCAGGAGACUCCCCCCAAAAGAUCACUGUGUUAGCAAAUUCAUUAACAGAUGCAUUGAAGCUUGUAUCAUUGAUUGGUCUUGUAGCCAUUGCUUUUGGCCCAAGUUACUCAUAUUGUCUCAUGAGACUACUUUAUGGAAAGAAAUGGAGUGAUGGACAAGCUUCAACUUUGCUGAGCUACUAUUGCUUUUAUAUCAUUACUUUAGCCACAAAUGGUACAUCUGAAGCAUUUUUGCAUGCUGUUGCCAAUGAAAGUCAAUUAAUACAAUCAAAUCUUUCAUUGUUUCUUUUUUCUUGAAUAUAUAUUAUACUUAAUAUUAUUUUGGUGCGGUCUGCUGGAGCUUUUGGUCUAAUUGUCGCCAAUUCAAUAAAUAUGAUUUUGAGAAUUACAUACUCUGCAGUAUUUAUAAGUCGUUUCUUCAAGGGAUCUUCAUUUUCCUUUCUUCAAAGCUUGCCAUCAGGCUGGAUAGUAUUGCUUCUUUCUGGUGCAGUAACACUCAUCUCUGAGAGAAUGGUUUUAGACAGGGAAAACUUCUGGCAUUCUUUUCUGAUUCAUCUUUCUAUUGGCGUCUUGUGCUUCUGCAUCUCUGCCAUUGUCAUCUAUCGCCGAGAAAGGCAAUUUAUCAACAAAAUUGUUCGCAUUCGUACCCAUAGUGAUUGAGGUUCUAAGCUUAUUUGUUCAUGAAGGUCACCAUGGCGCAUCAAGGGAGGCAUAAAUUAUUGUUU